GUCUCUAUUUAUUAAAAAUUCGGUCAGCCAAGCAACAGCUAUUCACUUCUAAAAAUGUAAAUUCCUAGGGUCCAUCAUGUUACAAACCUAAUUAUAGAGCCACAGAGCUAUAAGCUAAGGCAAAGAUCCCUUCGCACUUUUCUACAACAAUUCUACAAUCAUCUAAAGCCUGUACCAAAGUCAAUACUUGACUUAACUUAUUCGUGUAAAAUAUAAAAUCUAGUUAUAUAAAGAAAUGCUGCGACAUUCAUGUUUCCAUGCUUGCAAUGUUGUUGAGCUGUGUAAAUUUUCUUCUUUACUAUCAAAGCAUAUAGUCUUGGACAAAAGAUGUUUCCACAAAUAUGAUGAAGAUAAUUCUUCUCGUAACAGUGGUUUUAAAAGGAGACAGUUUAAUAAGCCUGGUUUCAAAUACAACAAACAAUCUGUGAACAGAAACUUUUUAAACCAAAAUUCUAGAUUCAAUCAAAGUUUGGGACAAGAGUUAAAGCAAGCUACAUUUAACGAAUGUGAUUUGGAGCCUAUUGAAAAGUAUCUGUAUGUUGAACAUGCCAAUGUCACUCAACGAUCUGAUGAAGAAACUGCAUUUUAUAGAAAAGAUUCCAACAUCACAAUUACUGGAUCAGAUGUUCCCAAACCGAUAUUAAAUUUUGAAGAAUUGUGCUUGCCUGAAAAUUUGAAGCGAGUAAUUCUCGGUCAGGGUUAUUCUGAGCCCACUGCCAUACAAGCUCAGGGAUGGCCUAUUGCGAUGAGUGGUAGAGAUAUGGUUGGAAUUUCUCAAACAGGAUCAGGAAAAACUUUAGUUUUUAUGAUUCCUGCUGUGGUGCAUGCUCUUAAUCAACCCUCGUUUAAAACAAACUGCAAUGAAUGUUCUCCACAGGUUCUUGUAUUGGCUCCUACUAGGGAGCUUGUUCAGCAAAUAUAUCAAGUGAGUGGUCCAUUCUGUAGUGCCUCAAAUCUUAUUGCUGCUUGUGCAUAUGGUGGUGCAUCUAGGAAUGUUCAACUGCAAUGCUUAAGGGGAGCUCAUCUAUGCAUCGCUACCCCUGGGAGGCUGAUUGAUUUUGUAUCUGAAGGUGUGGUCAACCUUAAGAGGUGUACUUAUUUAGUUCUUGAUGAAGCAGAUAGAAUGUUGGAUAUGGGUUUCGAGCCUCAAAUAAGACAGAUUGUUGGACAGCUCAGGCCAGAUCGACAGACGCUGAUGUGGAGUGCGACGUGGCCCCAGGAAAUCCAAAGUUUGGCCGAAGACUUCCUAAAAGAUUACGUAAAAGUGACCGUGGGUGAGGGGAGACUCGUGGCAAAUCCUAAAAUAAAACAAAACAUAUACAUUGUGGAAGAAUUUGAUAAAGAAGACAAGCUUGUGUCCUUAUUAAAAGAAAUUCACUCUGGAAAAAAAUCAAAUAAGGUUUUGGUAUUUGCUCAGACAAAAAGAACAGUUGAUUACUUGGGAGCAAAAUUAAAUCGUUUAGGAAUAAAGUCUUACACUUUACAUGGUGACAUCUCCCAAACAAAGAGAGAUUUUGUCCUGAAUCAAUUUCGAUCUAGAGAUUGCAUUUUGAUUGCUACUGAUGUUGCAGCUCGUGGACUAGAUAUUGUUGAUGUUCAACACGUUGUUAAUUAUGACUUCCCUCCAAACAUUGAAGAUUACAUCCACAGAAUAGGACGAACAGCUCGAGGAGUCUCGUCUGGAGUUUCUCAUUCCUUCUUCACUUCAGACAAUGUUGGUGUUGCUUCUGAACUCGUUGAUGUCUUAAAUCAAGCAAAGCAAAUCGUUGAUCCUAAACUCUACUCAUUGAUUGGGCAAAAACAUCAACGUCACUACAGAGGUAACCAAUCUAAACCAGGCUUCAAUUCAAGACCAUUCCAACGACAAAGAUUUAACUAUUCCUUCUGAUAUUGAAUAGAUUUUUUUAGGUGUAAAAAGAUUUGUAAAUAAAAUCAUUAAUUAUUGUGAA